UUAGCUGCGCCCCAAAGCAGCUCGAGAACGGGCGCCAUAACGAGCGGGGAGAAAAUAUGCGGUCGUUCUCGCAAACGAAAGCUUUUCAAAACCAACUAAUAACCCAAAACAACACAUAACACUUUGCCAAACACAAUGGUGAACUUAGUUUUUGUUGUCGAUACCUCUGCUUCUAUGAAUCAGAGAACGUCCCUCGGUACUACUUUACUAGAUGUCGCCAAAAAUGCCGUGGAAACUUUUAUUAAGAUCAGACAACGAGAUGAGGCGAGUCGAACUGAUCGAUUAAUGCUUGUGACGUUAGACGAGCCGCCUGGUUCCGUCAAGGUUGGAUGGGGAACUAAUGCAACUCAGCAAGUAUUUUCAAAUGAAUUAAGAAACCUUCAAGCAACAGGUCUUUCUACAUUGGGAUCUGCUCUGAAAGAAAGCUUUGACUUGCUAAAUUUAUAUCGCUUACAAUCAGGAAUAGACAAUUAUGGAUUGGGACGUAAACCUUUUUAUGUGGAUCCGGCAAUUGUUAUAUGUAUCACAGAUGGCAGUAGUCUAGUAACUAAAAACGACAUUGAAAGAGAGCUUCACUUACCAAUGCAUAGUAAUCUACCAGGAAGUGACCUCACYAAGGAGCCUUUUCGAUGGGACCAGAGACUGUUUGGAUUAGUUUUAAGAAUGGGUGGUUGCCGUGGGGGACCAAAAGGAGUGAAUCCUUGUCUCAGUGCUGAGCCAGCCCUUGGGGCCAUGUGUGAUGUUACAGGAGGAAAAUGUUAUAAAGCCUCAUCCUCAAAGUCCCUAAARCAGGCCCUUGAAUCAAUUGCUCAGAAAAUCCAAUGUGGAAUUGUUGUCAACUUUGAAAAAAUAGGAGGACCAGACACUUCUUCUAAUUUGGUUGAUGCUGUUAGAAACAACGCUAUGAGAGAAACAGAUUCCCCCACCCCACCCCCAAGUGUUAACAACCAGCAUAAUGGCAAUGGUGUUGAAGGAGGAGAGCAUAAAAACAAACAAAUGGAAAAUGCUGAAAAUUGCCAUCCAGUCAUAAAAACAGAAGGCAUUUCAACCAGUGGAGUCUCUACACCUUCGUUACCCCAGCGUGGUGAUUCCAUGGCAUUAUCUCCUGUUAUUAAUGGUCUUCAAGAUGAAGCAGUAGCAAUGCCCAACGGAAUUUCAAGGUCUGCAACAGCAUCACCUAUACCACAGGCAACCCAGCCCGCUGCAUGGACGAGUUGCUGUAAGAUGAUUUAUAUAACAAGAAAGAUGUAUAUCGAGAGAGACAUAGUGCCUACUGGCUAUUGGCCAAUACCAGAGACGUUUUGGCCUGAUCCUUCUAUGACAAAACUUCCUCCAAGGGAUGCUCAGCCUACAAUCUUCUUCUCCUGUGUGGACUCAGAACCUCAUUUAGUAGAAAACCUACCAUUUGACAAAUAUGAGCUUGAACCAUCACCACUGACCCAAUAUAUACUAGAGAGAAAAUCUCCAUCGACUUGUUGGCAGACAUUCAUAUACAGUAGUGGAAGAAAAAGCGAUAAAGUUGGUGAUUUUGGAUGCCCAUUUGGCUAUCUAAAGGCCAGUACCAACCUCCAGUCUGUCAAUCUUUUUGUUCUUCCCUACAAUUAUCCACUAUUAUUUCCUCUUCUUGAUGAACUUAUCAAAGUCCACAAACUCAAGCCAGUUCUUAAAUGGAAGCAAACCUUUGAGUCGUACUUGGCCACAAUGCCAAGCUACUACGCUGCUCCUCUACGGAAUGCAUUCAGGAAAAUGGGAAUCCCUACAUCAUUAGUUCCAGACCACUUAGAUGGAUCACUUGGUUAUAGUGUAGUGAACUAUCUCAAAAGUGUCAAACAACAGAGUAAGCUUGAAGCCAAGAGAUUUGAGGCUGGUGUUGGUAAAUCCAUUGCAUCGACCCCAAACAAAAUAAUACCUAGCAUUCAAACACCUGAGCUGCCGUCAACAGACAAGAAGGAUUUCCAUAUGCUACUCAAUCAUGGUUUAGUGAACAAACCAAAGAAUGUUUCAAGACAUAACAAUGAUAAUGAGUUAAGCACACAUGAAGCAGUACAAGGGAUGAAAGAAGUCAAUGUGACGCAACCUCAAAGCUACAAAAAUCCAUUUGACAUAAACAGAAAUGAGCUGUUAGAUCAGCUGUCAAGAAUGCGGAUAAAUUUCUUUCAUAUGGCUGCAACAUCGACUAUCUUACAAGAUGAAGAUGCAAGACACACUGUUGCUAUUGCUGAGAUGGGAAACUAUGGUAAAGUACUUCGACAAAGUAAUCAACUCAGAGAAAUCGAUCCAGGCCAAAAUAGGGCUCAUAUGUUUGGAAAUCCCUACAAGCUUGCAAAAGAUCAGCGAGUAAUGGUGGAUGAAGCCGAUGUAAACGAGGCUGCAAGACGAAAACGACCAGACACACCACCGGUAAAAUGGCCAACUUCAAUUCGCCAUGAUAGUCCAAGUCCAACACCACACCAUUAUAGGCCAUUAUGUCAAGAAGAAGGGCAAAAUCACAAACCUGUACAACUUAAAAACAAGGAAGCUGAGGUAGCCCUUUCGAAAGUGGAAGUGCGAAUGGAAUGA